AUGGCUUCCAGACAGACCAUAUUCGCUCCCAUGCUGCGGCACGCUACGCGAAGUGUUGCCCCUGCCACCUUGCGGCCGUCGUUCGCCGCCGCUCGCAAUCUGCACAACAUCCCACCUCGAAGCAACAAGCCUGGCAGUUACUCUCGCACCGAUGCUGACAUUGAAGUCGAGCAUCCCGAAGAGCAUGAACUGCCUUCCAGCAAGCCAGUCCUGGGUACUGGUGGACAGUUCGUGAAGCCUACUCUCCCCAGCUUCUCUCUUGAUGGCCGUGUUGGUGUUGUCACUGGAGGUGCUCGUGGUUUGGGCUUGGUUAUGGCUCAGGGCAUGGUUUUUUCCGGUGCUGAUGUUGCCCUUGUUGACAUGAACAAGGAAGAAGCUCAGAAGCAGACCCAAUUGCUCAUGGAUGCCUUCCACCGUGAGAACCCCAAUGCUCAGCGAAUCCCCACCGUCACCGCCCACUAUGCCGACGUCUCCGACCCUGAAUCCGUCGAAAGUUGCAUUGCUGAGGUUAUCGAGCAGCACGGCAAAAUUGACCACCUCGUCACAUCAGCCGGCUUUACUGAAAAUUUCGAAGCCGUGAACUACCCCAUCGACCGUAUGCGUAAGCUAUGGGCCGUCAAUGUCGACGGAACGUACCUUUUUGCCACUUCUGUGGCCCGUCAUCUCAUGGCGCGCAAAGCGCCGGGUAGCAUGGUCAUGAUUGGUAGCAUGUCUGGCGCCAUUGUCAACGUUCCCCAGCCUCAGGCUCCCUACAACGCUGCCAAAGCUGGUGUGCGCCAUCUGGCAGCUUCUCUAGCCGUCGAAUGGGCUCAUGCUGGAAUCCGCGUCAACUGUAUCUCCCCUGGAUACAUGCUGACUGCACUCACUGAAAAGAUUCUCGACGAGAACCCCGAUCUUAAGCAGAAGUGGACCUCACUUAUCCCCCAAGGCAAGAUGGGUCAACCUCAAGACCUCAUGGGCCCUGUGUCCUUCCUGCUCUCCGAUGCCAGUAGCUACGUCACUGGUGCCGACAUUCGCGUCGAUGGCGGAUACACCGUGACCUAA